GGUGUGCGGCAUUGAUUAUUUAUCGCCGUUCAUGAAUCAAAAUAUUCAACAAAAUGGCGGACAGCCGCCAUUAAGGCGAUCAAAUGAGAACCAAAGUAAAGUUUGUAGGGAUUAUGUGUGGGGUAAAUGCUAUAAGUAUUCCCUAUGCAAGUUUAGUCAUGAAUGCAGCGUGGAGGAUAUGAAAACAAUAUUACAAUUCUGCCACGAUUACCAAAAUCCGACUGGAUGCACGAGAGCGAAUUGUACAUAUCUUCAUACGACUAGCGAAGAAGAAGACCUGUUUCUUAAAACUGGUCAAAUGCCCAGGGUCCUGGCGGAACGUCAUUCUGCUAUCCAUGCUGCUGCCAGCAUGUAUACAGAAAAUUCCAAGGAGUUUAUUAGGAAACAUGUGCCGGCAUAUGUGCCUCACACGGCUCAUUCGCUGGCGCCUCCUCCUCCGCCACCACCGCCGCCCACGACCGAAGUCCCGACCAGGCAAUACAUACUUCCAAUGACGCAGCUGGCCCCGCCGCCGCCGCCACCCCCGCCACCACCUGAAUCCAUGUCAUCAGCUUACCCUGGAGCUCCACCUCCGAGGCCACCGCCUGUGUUCGCGCCAGCGCUACAACCGCCUCCACUAACAAUAGACACCAGCAAGCCUCCACCUCCGUUACCUUCAUUUAUAAAAUCACCUAAUGGUGUAAAAAGGACCACCGCCACCGAAACAGAAGGAGAUAUGAAUUUGUUCUCAGCUGGACCAUCUAAAGCAAGAAAAGUUGACGCAGUCGCUUCGGUGUCCCGCUGCGCGAUAUGUACGCAGUGGGAAGCGAGGACGUCUAUACUUGAAGAAGAUAUUGUCAAAUUGGCAGCUGAGGAGAAAUCUAAAACGUUGAUUAUGAAAAAGUACCGAAAAGAAUUAGAAGUACUCACAAAUUUCUUGAAAUCUUAUAACACUUUAAAUCUAAGUCCUUUGGAGCCGGAGUUAGAGGAUGAAACGCCUAAUCCGUUUGGAUCGAUAAUUACAGCAGAUGCAUUGAUAAAUAGUUUAAAAGGUCAAACCCAACCGACGCAAGCCUCAGCCGAGGACGAAGAGGAAAUUAAGCGCUUUUUAGACUCAUAUCAAAAGUCGGGGUUCUCGGUGCCUCCGCCUAAGGGUGUAGUGGAAGAUAGAUCGACCGAGCCGGUGGCGCCGGUGCCGUUUGUGACGGUGACGUCACUGGCUCAGCCGCCCCCCGUCGCACUCUCGCAGGUGCCGUCGAUGGCGCACCCCAGCGCCGCGGCUCCGCCCCCCAUACAGCCGGGCUGGCCGGCGGCCGCUACGCCGCAGUAUAACUACAUGGCCACAAACACAAGUUACCCUGCAUAUACCAACGUAUGGGGAGAAGGCACAUCACAAAAUAUGGCGAGUUAUAGCGACCCGGCUGCUCUGGCGGCUGCACCUUCGACAUCUACAGGUUCGGCGUCAUCGUCACAAAAUGUGGGGUACCACUAUAACAAACAGUAUUGGUGAAAUAUUGUGCAGUUGACCAAUUACUGACAAGAGUUUACAACGGCAUGGACGUGUAUGUAACUCGCGUUGUGUAUGUGGCAUUAUUAAAAUGUGUAUACACAGUACUGUGGCAUACCAAAAGUCUACGAAAUCAUCAUCUAUAUAUACACAUACACUACAUGUAAGGUAUUAAUAGUUUAAGAGACUGUUAUUACUCGGAUAAGUACUUUAGAUAUUUGUUCCUCGUUAUGUAACUGUGGUUAUAACAUUUGCAUUCGUACAACGUGUAAUAGUCUAUUAGGUUUUUACCAUAAUACGUAGGUAGUUCGUCAUUUUAAUAAUAACUUUUCGUGCCUAUGUGUAAAAUGAAAGUUGUCUGGUAGUCUACAAAACACAUACUUUAGUGUUUAAAUUUUUAAUUACGCUUUUCGUGCACAUUCUAAUUGGAUCUUUCUGUAUGAACAAUUUCGUGCUAUUAACUGAUAGCAGUGAUAUUAAAUGUCCGAUAAUUACUAUUAAUUAGUACCUACUUAUGUGGAGGAUGGUACUUAUUAGUAGUAAUAUCAAACAAUAUAGACGCUCGGCGAAAUGUUGUAAAAUAAUUAUUCUAAAAAACAACAAACAUAAACAAUCUUUGUAAAUUGCAGCGUCUUUUAGUUCCAAGCAGAAUUGCACUCUGCAUUUUUUUGCCAACUACCUACUUAUCAAUUAAGUUUGACUGAAAUAGGUGUAUAUUUAAUAAUUAUAUUAAUGUGUAAAUUGAAUGUAAAAUGGUUAUAAUGUAUCGCCUUUAAGGAUCCAAGCCAACAGAAUAAUGUCACAUUUUAUCUUUAUAAUUUAUUAUGUAAUAUUUUACUAGCAGUAAAUCUUGCGUAUACGCCAACAAGCAAUCUGUUGUUUCCCAUUUUCGUGAUUAGUAUCUGUAGUUUAUUAUGGCGAUUACUUAGUCACCACAUAUGUCAAUAUGCAAUAUUCCACUUCUUAUAAAUCUGUCAUUAGGACAUCUUAUUGAGAUAAGAUUAUUGUCUUCUGCCUUGGUUGCAGCCAUAAUUUUUAACAUACAUGUGCAUGUAGGAUUAAUAAUUCUCACAUAUAAUGUGUGAAUUUGGAAACCAAAAUGUAAGGAAAAGCACUCGCAAUGAUUUUUAUUGUGAGGUCCCAAAAAUGAAAUAAUUUAAAAGGAUUCGAGUAAAGCUAUUUUCAGGAGUAUCGAAUACUUUGCUAGUUUGUUUUUUAUACAAUAAUUUGUUACUUUAUUAUACAAAAAAUAUAUAGUUUUCGGGUACAUGGUAUACUUAUUUCUUGUGAAUAUUAUUCUAAUUGACCCAAAUUUAUUUUAUAUUUUAAAUUAUGUAAAAUAACUAUUUUUGAUUUACUUUACCUUGUUUCAUUUGGCAAACAAUCUUGACAUAUUUAAAAAUUAUAGCGUCUAAAUAACUCGUAUAAAGAAGUUACGCUGUUUUAUCUAUCUGUUUCUCGACUCGAUUU